AUGUCGGAAAUCACCUUUGCCAAGUCCUUUCUCUCCACGCUGGACUCCCGACCCAUUAAGCUGCGUGCUGAUCAUGUCGUCGACCCAGCGCAAACUGGGCUGAGCGCACCGUACACUCUUCCCCGCCUUCACGCCCCGCACCCGGAGAUGCCCAAGAAAGUCAAGCAGACCCAAGCACCAGGCUCGUCCAAGUCCAUUACCAUUCACGUGAAGUCUGCUCGCAACCCCGUUCUCGAAUUCUCUCUGCCCAACUCUCCUCUCUCUACGACUACGGUACAGGAUCUGAGAGAUGCCGUCGGACAACGUGUUACCGAUGCGCAAGGAAACCCCGUGGCGCUUGAGAAGAUUAAGAUUCUGUGCAACAAGAAGCCUGUUGCCGGAACUGGGAAGACAGUCGCUGAAAUUCUGGAAGCCGAGCCGAGUAUGCUGGUUGGUGGCAAAGAGGUUGAGUUUAAGGUGAUGAUCAUUGGAGGUGCCAAGACUAUUGAUCUAUCAGAAGCUCAACCGGCAACAGCAGCCCAUGAAGGCUCUGUGCCCAAGCCAGCAAUUGGUCCCAGCGGCGCAGAAGUUGUGCGGACAGAAGCUUUCUGGAAUGACCUCCAAGGUUAUCUUGAGCAACGCUUGAAGGACAAGAACGAAGCUGACAGGUUAAGCACACUGUUCAGAGACGCAUACACAUCAACCCAAUGA